GUCAGAACAGAACCUCGACGCUGCGCGGAGACACCGGGCUCGAACCCACUGAGAGAGAAUCCAACUACAGCCCAGAAUGACGACAUUUUAUCGGAACUACGGCUGAGGCUCCUCCACCUGCACGCGCACCCGGUCUUCUCCUCCUUCCUUGGCCCGGUUCUGUCUCGUCCACAUGGCCGAACCGACGCGACCUGCCGAGGGGGCGGCGGCGGCGGCGGCGGCGCCGGACCUGACCAACGACGCGGAGCUGGCGCUGAGAGGCAUCAACAUGCUGCUGAAUAAUGGCUUCAAAGAAAGCGACGCGCUCUUCAAAGCCUACAGGAACCACAGCCCUUUGAUGAGUUUCGGCUCCAGUUUCGUGAGUUUCUUGAACGCCAUGAUGACGUUCGAGGAGGAGAAGAUGCAGAUGGCCUUGGAGGAUCUGAAGGCCACGGAGAAGCUGUGCGAGAGCGAGAACUCCAGCGUGAUCGAGACCAUCAAAAACAAGAUCAAAAGAAACGUGGACUCCCAGAGGUCGGGCUCAGCUGCGGCCGACCGACUCCAGAGGCAGAUCAUCAUCGCCGACUGCCAGGUCUACCUGGCCGUGCUUUCCUUUAUCAAGCAGGAGCUGUCAGCCUACAUCAAAGGCGGCUGGAUCCUCCGAAAGGCUUGGAAGAUGUACAACAAGUGUUACAGCGACAUCACGCACCUGCAGGAGGGCGGCCGCCGCCGACCUUCAUCCCAGCGACCUUCAUCCUCCGACCACAAACGCUCCUUAUCCACGGGGUCGAGCCCCUCCCAGAGCCCGGAAGGGAUCAGCCCGGAAGCUCUGGAGCGCCUGAAGGGAUCCGUCAGCUUCGGCUACGGCCUCUUCCACCUCUGCAUCUCCAUGGUCCCGCCGCACCUCCUGAAGAUCGUCAACCUUCUGGGUUUCCCCGGUGACCGCCUGCAGGGUCUGGCGGCACUGAGCUAUGCCAGCGAGAGCAAGGACAUGAAGGCGCCUCUAGCUACCCUGGCCCUCUUGUGGUACCACACGGUAGUGCAGCCCUUCUUCGCCCUGGACGGCCACGACACGCAGGCUGGACUGAGGGAGGCCAAGUCCAUCCUUCAGCAGAGGGAGGCCACCUACCCCAACUCCUCUCUCUUCAUGUUCUUCAAGGGCCGAGUGCAGCGGCUGGAGUGCCAGAUCACCUGUGCCUUGACGUCCUUCAGCAGCGCCUUGGACCUGGCCUCUGAGCAGAGGGAGAUCCAGCACAUCUGCCUGUAUGAGAUAGGUUGGUGCAGCAUGAUCGAGCUGAACUACGGCGACGCCUACCGAGCGUUUGAACGGCUGAAGAUGGAGUCUCGAUGGUCCCAGUGCUACUACGCAUACCUGACUGGAGUCUGUCAGGGAGCCACGGGUGACCUGCAGGGGGCGCUCGCUGUGUUCAGGGACGUCCAGAAGCUCUUCAGGCGGCGGAAUAACCAGAUCGAGUUGUUUUCCAUGAAGAAGGCAGAGAAGCUGCGGAGCUCCAGUCUCACCAAAGAGCUGUGUGUCCUGUCCAUGAUCGAGGUCCUGUAUCUGUGGAAGGCUCUGCCCAACUGCUCCACAGCCAAGCUGCAGAUCAUGAUGCAAGUCCUCCAGGGUGUGGACGACCUCUCCAGUGCUGGGCUGAAGAACCUGCUGCUUGGAGCCAUCAGCAAAUGUCUGACCAACACCAAAGAGGCCUCUCAGUACUUCCAGCUGGCGGCGCAGGACGAGGUGGGCCUCCUCAGCAACUCCUACGUGCAGCCGUACGCCUGCUACGAACUGGGCUGCGUGCUGCUCACCACCCCAGAGUCAGCAGACAGAGGAUGGACGCUAAUGCUGCAGGCCAAGGAGGACUUUGCGGGCUACGACUUUGAGAACAGGCUGCACGUGCGUAUCCACUCCGCCCUGGCCACCAAGAAAAGCACAGCCCCACCUUGACACCCGGUCUGCCAGGGAAGACCAGCGAGAGCCACAGUUCACUCCCGGACAGAUUUCAUUCGUCUCUCUUAGACAACAUGGCGCCACGUGGGGUUUUAGCUGAGCCAAAGUUAUUUUUUAUCUCAGUGUUGGAUUCUUAUAUUUCUGCUCUACAGAGGCUUUUAUUGGUUCACUUCACCCGCUAUGAGACUUUAAGUGGAAAUUGUGUACAGUGGAGACUGUUUUUUUUAAGAGAAUUAAAGUAAGUUAUUUCAUCAUAUUUCAUUUUAUUUUCAAUUUAGUGUUGGGUUUACAGACUGUGACAGGACGGCAGUUGAAUUCUAAAGGGCCACGGGACUUUCAGGACUGUUGGGAGGGGCCGACGUGCAGGAGCUCAAUUUACUCCUCAUGUAAUUCAUAGAUAUUAAUGGAGUUUGAAAGUUCUAACAAGUUAAAGUUUGCAAAAUGGCCGCCUGACUCAAAGCGCUUUUACAGUGAAUGACUGUCAAGGACUACAAACAUGGAGGAAGAGCUGUGCCCUUCUGGUUUCAACUGAUCAGAAAGACAAAAGGGAAAGAAAAAAAGGUCAAAUCUGUUAAAAACAUGCCAUGACACACUAAAAAUGUUUCUUCUUUGUAUUUAAAAUGUGUUCUUCAGUUGCUGGGAAACUGCUUUAAAGAGUAUGACUUAACAUUACAGAACAACUAAAAGGAAAAAAGUUCUAAGACGAUGAGCUUUAACAUGCUACAUUAAGUGACCAAACUAAAAUACAAGUCAGUCAUUUAAAACCCAGAGUUUAUUUCGGUACUUAAGAGGAGACUACAGCGGCUACUGUCCACACCUGAACUGGACGUCUGAGGCUUGCAUAGUUACAGUGAUAUUAAGAUUCAA